AUGCCUGCUCUCCAUUAUACAAUUCUUUUAUGCGUACCUCUAGACGUCUUGACUCGCUUUGCAACAGCCUCUGUCCCAAGCUUCCAAGUUGCGGAGGCUCGGAUUGUCCGUGGUAAUGGUCAACAAUUCACAAUAUUGGAAACCUCUGCGGCUUUUGGAAGACGCAUCCGAUCGGUUCAUCUCGGCUACCUGGGUCUCAUGCUCGACAAUCCCGAUAAUCUGCAUUCCGUUGAGCAGGCUUCACAUACCGUUUCCUCUGGUAAUUGGCUACCACUCACGGUUGCAAAAAGUCUGCAAUUUGGAAGCUGUGCUCCUUGA